UCUAGCUCAUGGGUUCAGCAUAAAAAUUCAUAAAGAACACACGAGAAGGGAUACCAAUAGCAAAAAGAUUGUUUGCUGCUGGCAGGGUACUAACGCUAUACUUCCGCACUAAAGACAAAAGGCGGAAAAAAGAAGGAGAAUUGGACUUAAACAGGACAUAGUCAUAACACUCUUCGUGCAUUGCGAAAACCCGUGGCACGAUCAUAUCGUGAAAAUAAGUACGUUAACUAAACAGCAACCCUACUGGUACAACUGCUCGCAUUGAUUAUUGGAUCAUUAUCGCGUGGAAAAUGGUUUACCAAGUAUUUUUGUUGGUAUUAGUUCUUACUAGUCUUCCUGGACUCUCAACUAGUCAGAACUAUCUCGACACAAGACCCGAAGGUAAGUACAAGACAGAGGUCGUUUGUGAAGUGAAUACAGCGAAAACAGCAGUUCUACGUUGCGAUAAGCCAGGUGAAAAACUCAGUAUCAAUUCGCUGUUUUACGGACGACAAAAAGGCAAGGAUUCGCUUUGUAACAACAACUUUGUAAAACAAGAAACAUGUGAAAUGGAUGGAUCUGAUAAAAUGAAGAAGGAGGCCAAUCUAAGGAAGGCUUGUAAUGGUGAAAAAGAGUGUGUAAUCAUCGCCUCUGCCUACACGUUUGGUGAUGAUAGAAAAUGCCCUGAUGUCACCAAGUAUCUCUCAAUCAUCUACGCAUGCGUGGUUUACAUUUCGACAACAACAAAACAAUCAACAGCAAUACAAAUAACACCUGAACCACCAAGUAAAGCACCGGCACCAACACCUGCCGCUACUACAGCCGCUACUACAGCGCCUGCAGAAGAAUUCCGCAUCCACAUCGACGAAUACCACAGACUGGACGAGAACGGUCAAGAAUGGCCGAAGCCAAGACGAAUAGAAAAAUGCAACCAAACUGAUGACGUUGACGAUGACAUCAUAGACGACAUCAGCUCUGCGUCAUCGGUGCGCUUUGUUGAUAUUCGUGUCGUCAUAGGAACACUAAUCCCCGUGUUUUUUCUCUUUCUUUUUGCUUGAAUUCAAGUGAUUUUUAAGCUUCGUUUUAAUGAGAAAGAUGCACUUUAGAUUAAUCCUCCUGUGAGAAUGUGAUUGAUAGGUCCAAUCUGAUUAAUACUACAAGAUUUUCUUGCCACAUGCAAGCUUCAGACAUGUACAGUACGAACUGGACGGAUAAUCUUGCUCAUCCAAAAAGCUGAAAUAAAUUCAUGAGAAGCUAUUUGACCUAAUCUCUUAAUACUCAACGAUUUUUGUGCCACAUGCAACCCUCAAAAGUGAAGGCGAAUAUUUUUUCCAGCGAACCGGCAGUCCCUGUAUCCAAGCAGCAUAUCCUACAAUGACAGGCACGAGGAAUAGUCGAGUUCAGUUGCUAAUUGAUAAAAGAGGAACUUUCUGACAAGGACUAACUUCUGUACUGUGAGCGAAAUGAAUGUGCAGGCAGAACUAGGAAAAACUAAAGUAGGUAGUUCACAUUAUCUACGAAAUAGCUUAUACAGUUCUUGCUUUCGUUAGAGCAAUUUUAUUCGACUUUAAAUUCUUUAUUGUUUAGUUAAUAGUUAUUAUUAUCAUAUAAUUAUCUAUGAAAUAUCUAUA